ACUGCCGAAUUGCGGAGCGACAUGCUACAUGAAUGCGGUGCUCCAGGCAGUCGCGUCGGUCCCUGGUGUGGCGCGUAUUAACUGGCUCGAAUGGGCGGAGGGCGAUAUACAUUCCAAAUCGUGGUAUCUCAGGAAGAUUUUUGGAUCGAUGAAGGGUCAGAUAGAGGGCGACAUUUCUCAAAACCUCCUCGGCGAGUUCAGUGAUAAGGUGAUGGCUGAUGACAGCGAGCAGCCACAGAAAGACGCAGCUGAGUUUUUUCAGAAUAUGAUGAGGCCAGCUGACGAUGGCUCACUUGGUGCGCAUUUUGGAGCUGACGAUGGCUCACUUCGUGCGCAUUUGGCGACGAUUUUUGAGCAUGGACAUGUGUUUGAAGAAAGUUUUGCAGCAGAUUCUUCUGCGGAAAGGCCUAGCCAAGAAGCACUGGAUAGUCCGGAACCGAAUCAAUUGAUUACGGCAAAGCUCCAGGACAAAUAUCUUGUCACCCAGUUAAUGUUUCCCCCGGGGCUGGCGCCUGGCACAGCACUCAAUUUUCAAGAUGUUCUUUCACAUAAUUUGGAGAAAUGGGAAGAAGUAGACGGGGGUGUCGUCGAAGGAUCGCAAUGGCGGCGGGAGCGCCUUGCACCUAUGGCUAUCGAUGGUGCGGGAGUCAUGGGCGAGGGGCUCGUCUUUCAGCUAGUACGUUUUCACACACCACCUCAUAAACUACAAAAUGAAGUGAGCAACAUUAAACGCACUGACCUGAAUUUAAGAAGCUACAUCAGCAAGGCGAAUGGUGAAGAGAUUGAUGUGCCGCUGUAUGAUCUCUUUGCUGUGGUGUAUCACCAGGGAACUAGUCUCGGCAGCGGCCACUAUUUUACCGCUUGUCGUGUGGGUGGGGUAGACGACUGGUACGUUUUUAACGAUAAAGCAGUAUCGAAGCUGCCAGAGCACAAUCGCAAUAACCUUCAUUUACAAGUCGAUGGCGGCGAUCCGUAUCUUCUUUUCUACGCCAAAAUUAAGGCUACUGCAAUUGCAUCCUCGGCGUCAUCCUUGGCAUUUUUUCUGCGCGUGAAAAAUAGUCCAAGGCUUCGGUCGUGGAUACAACCACAGUUGUAGCUCUAACAAUUAUGGGUCUAAGGCGCCUGCGGAGAACUGAGAUGCUGUAGCCCGUGGGGAGGGAGGAAAUUUAGACGAUUCUGGGGGUGGUGCAUUGGUCGGAGAUGCUGGGGGUGCGGGUGGUGGAGUAGCAGGAGGUGGAGCAGCUGGGGGUGGAUCAACCGUUCCGCUUCUGUAAUCGAAUCGUUGGUAUUUUCAAAGCCUCCAGUUGCAAAGGCGCAUAUACAUAGCAAUAGCAGCAAGCGGCGGAUUGGUCGAAAGUGCUGGAGGUGCGGCGAAUGGGGGAGCUUGAAGUGGGAGCGUUAUAUGGGAUGAACUUGGUCUUUGUGGUCCACAUGCAGUACUCUAAGAUGAAGUCGGAGGCGGUUCGUAGGAUGCAAGUGCGACGGAGAGUCGGAAAAUGGAUGAGGAGGGGAGAUCGGAAGAGAAGGAAGGAAAAGGAUGGAAGUGAAGGUGCUACUGGGGUGUGGACGUUCAAAAUUGUAUUUGUAGAGCGCAGGCUCAGGAAGAAUUUGGUUGAAAUUGAAUGAUGGGAUUCAUAGACUUAACUGACUUCGGGACGAGAGAAAACGUAACAAUUACUGAAUGGAAUAAGAUAGGAAUCAGGUAGGAUUGAGAAAAAUACUAAAGUGUUCGACGCCAGAAAAAAUGAACGAGAAAAUAAUUACUUGCAUACGUGGUUGUUUGUAUUUAUUAGAUGAUGGGCAGUCCGGUGAGAAAGAAAAUAUAUAAUUGUUGGACCCGGUGACUGUUUCUGCCUGUGGUUUUUACUGUCUACAACGGUGGAAGUGUAGAGGUAUCUUACACAGAAGCAUUGGAAGUGAGAAGGGGCCAUAUACAUGUGGAGUUCGUAGACUACGUCCAUCAGGAGAUACGAAGAUCGGGAGACGAAUUGAAAAAUAGAUUUAUCGAGUAUUGAAUACUAGAGCUAUUUGAAUGGAAUAGAGAUAUGCAAAAUCGGAUAGAGGUAUGUAAAAUCGAAUAUAGGUAUGCACAAUUGGAUAUUAGAGGUAUGUGAAAUCGAAUAUAGGUAUUGACAAUUGAAUAGAAGUGUUAAAUUGGAUAGGUUCCUUGAAGAACGAAGACCUGAUAUGAUAAAAAAGAGUGGUCAGCAAACGCACAUCAUUGAAUGCACUAUUUAAGCGAUAAAGUAGACGUGAUUACCGUGAUACCAAGGGAAAAGAUGAUGACUAUGUGCUAGAUGAAUUAUUACCAACGCAAGGAAGACAUAAAAAAAAAUUAUUUUUUAGGGAACAGCAUGGCACCUCCGGGUUGGAGGUUCUCCACGUGAUGACUCAACGAUGAAGGCCAGAAGAGAUGCAGGGGAACUCACUUGGGAUAUCGAUAUCGGCGCCAUGAUAAACCAUACGUACCUGAGAACUGAACUGAAAAAUGCUUCUUGGUGACCACACCUGGAUUGGGGACGCAGAGCCACGUCCUUGCACUGAACUGAAUAUGAUGCCUGUGCGCAAUUCUACCGCUCAACAUGCAAGUGGCAUCCCGUCUUUGAUAAUUAUAUCACACUGACGAAGUAGCUGCAAGAGGUAGGUG